CUUUAAAAUAAUAUUUAUUUUAUUAUAAAAUAUAAAAAAUAUAUUUAUACAUAUACAAUGCCCGUGCUUAGCACGGGAGAGAAUACUAGUAAUAGUAUAAAUCCUCACGACGACUCUCCGGUUUAUCAUGUGAGUCGGUUAAUAGGACCGGCUUACUUGUUUGUCAGGUUCUAAACGUCGCUAUAUAACCGGCUUUAACCCGAUGAUAUUUGUAGCAUUUUCCAAUUAAUUUUUAUAUAUAUUUUCGAUAUUUUUGAUACAAACACCUAUCAUCGCGUCUGUGUAUAUAAGUCAUCGUCCCCCUUCUCUCUCCCUCGUGCUCCUCCGCUUCAGCAUUUUCCCGAGAAAGUUCUAGCUCGAGAAAAUUUGGAAUGGGGUUGAAAGUAGCACCCUACACUUCUCCCUUCCUUCAAAGGGCAUCUCAUCCUUCUUCUUCUUCCCUUUCUCAAACCCUACCUUCCCGCGCCAUAUCAUCACGAAGACACGACGAACGGUUCGUACCUCAGAGACUGAACCGUUCCCCUCUCUUCGGAACUCCACUCCAUCGCUCCAAAUCCUGCCAACUAUCUAAACCGACCAAAACGCAGUCGUUUCGAAGAGUUUCUAACGCAAGCUUCUCCGACGAGGAGUUUUCGAAAAAGAUCCAAGAGCUAACUCUCAGAUUCAACGACGAGAGAGACACGAACGAGAUGGCACACUUGUCGAGUAUCGAAAUGAAAGCGAACAGCGUCCAUCUUCCUCUCUCGUUACGUAUCAUAAAGAAGAAGCGACAAUGGGAGGAAGGUGUCAAACACGCGGGCGAAUCCGCGUGCGACUCCAUGAGCAAAGCCUUUUCUUCGAUGGUGUUCAUGAUUCAAGAGCUUCAAAGCUUCACUCUACACAUGAGAGAGACUCUCUUGUACGAAGACUUGCAAGGGAUCUUGGUGCGUGUUAGAGAAGAGAUGCACGCUUCGUUCGUCUGGUUGUUCCGACAAGUUUUCUCCGCGACUCCUACGUUGAUGGUUUACGUCAUGAUACUCCUCGCCAACUUCACUGUUUACUCACUCGGUUCCAACUCUGCUUUAGCCGCCCCGACCACUACCGUGACAGAGCUAACAACUGUCGGUGAAACAAGCGAGAAGCUCGAUUCCUCGGUGGUUAAAACGUUCUUUGUGUCGUCGUCUCCCACUGUAGACGGUAGCAGCAGCAACGGCGGCGGUGGAAAUAUUCGGACGGUGGUAAGCGGGACGGAUGGUGAUGGGUUCGAUGUACCAGAAGGAGCUUCGCAGUUGUCAUCGUCAACGUUCGGGUCAACGGCUACUACGGAGACAGAGACAUCAGUGUCGGGACGAGAUGAAGUUAGGCUGUGGAAUAAGAUUGUGGAGGAAGCAGAGGAGAUGCAGUAUUCGAAGAUGGACAAUGUGGUGGAUCACGAGACGAGGAAGCGGUUCGUGUCUCCUUUGGAUGCUCGAGUGGAAGCAGAAGAGGAGAUUGAUUAUUUCAGAACAGAGCUUCUUUAUCAAACGGGACUGUCUCAUGAGCCUGAUAAUACUCUGCUUCUUGCUAACUAUGCUCAGUUCCUCUACAUCGUCUCUAAUGAUUAUGACAGAGCAGAAGAGUACUUCAAGAGAGCGGUGGGAGUGGAACCCAAAGACGCGGAGGCGCUGAGUAAAUACGCCACGUUCUUAUGGAGAGCACGGGACAAUCUUUGGGCGGCCGAGGAGACUUUCUUGGAAGCAAUCGAUGCCGAUCCGACCAACUCUUUCUACGCCGCUAAUUACGCUAAUUUCUUGUGGAACACCGGCGGUGAUGAGACUUGUUUCCCACUCGACGAAGAUACCAUCUAGUUAGGACUGUCCAACAUCGAGUCUCUCAAAAUAAACUUCUAUACCAACUAAUGAAUAUAUACAUAAAUAUGUGCAUAUUAAUGAUGUAUCUGCGCGUUUGUCAUGGGCUAUGUCACGAAUUAACGGUGGUGAAACCUGAAAAACGUUUAAUCAUUUAUGGUUGUGAAUUGUGAUUACUGUAGACAAAAAGACAAAUAUAUUCCACCAACUUGGCCCAAGUUACUUGGGUUUAUGGGGCUUCUCUUGAGCCUAUGUCGUGGAACUGAGCAUAAGAGAGGGAACAUUACGUUUAUUUGGUUCCUAUAUAUAGGGUAUACUGUCAAGUUAACGAAGCUACAUUUAUUUGCCAUGUAGUUCAUAUGGCCAUAUAUUCUGUAACUAGUUGUACAUUCAUAGUGUUAAUAAUUCUACUUUUUCGGGAGUUAUGGCAGCAUGUAUAAGCUUGUAUCAGACCUAACAUGAAAAAUAUGUAACUGAUAGUUCGUCC